AUGGGCAGGGGCUGGCGUGGGAUUUCCCAGCUCGGCUGCCCCAGCCUCUGCCUCCACGGCAGCAGUGCUCGUCGACAGUACGCCGUGCUGUCGGAAGGCGCCCCUCGCUUCCAGGUCUUCAAUCGACGCACCAAGUGGCUCCAUAAGGAGCGGGCGGCAUCGAAUGCCGAGGAAAGUCGUCAGGCGGACUAUCUCAAAGAUGAGGUUGCCCUGAGGCUCUCCGAAAGGCUGCUGGAUAUAAAGCGACAUUUCCCCAGGGUCCUUGAUCUUGGGGCCAACUCGUGCAACCUGGCGCGGGCGCUGGUGCAGGAAAUACCCGAUGCCGACAGCUCCCAGUCAAGCGCUGCACCGGUGGCGAGCAAGAUAUCGGAACUGGUCGCCGCCGAUUCGUCCGAGUCGCUCCUGUAUCGCGAUGCGCAUCAUGACUUCAACAAGAAGAUCAACAUCACCCGACAAGUCCUGGCGGAUGAGGAGUCGAUUCCGUUCAAGGCAGAGUCCUUUGACCUCGUUCUGAGCUCCCUCAGCCUGCACUGGAUCAACGACUUGCCCGGGGUCCUGCAGCAGAUCAACAACGUCUUGAAGCCGGACUGUCCCUUUAUCGGGGCCAUGCUCGGUGGCGACACCCUUUUCGAGCUGCGGACCUCGCUCCAGCUUGCCGAGCAGGAACGGAGAGGCGGCAUCUCGCCUCACGUAUCCCCCUUGGCGGACGUCCGGGAUAUGGGCGGCCUGCUCCAGAAGGCAGGCUUCAAGAUGCUGACGGUCGACGUCGACGACAUCAUCGUCGACUACCCUGACACCUUUGCCCUCAUGCAGGAUUUGCAGUCCAUGGGCGAGAGCAAUGCCAUCCUCGGCCGGGAGAUGGGACCGAUCCGGCGGGACAUUCUGCUCGCCAACGAGGCCAUCUACAGGGCGUUGCACGGCAACCCAGACGGAUCCAUACCCGCCACAUUCCGCAUCAUCUUCAUGAUCGGCUGGCGCGAAGGAAAGGACCAGCCAAGCGCUCGUCCGCGAGGGAGCGGCGAGGUGAAUUUGAAGGAUGUCUUGCGGACGGCACAAUAG